CUUGGAUGAUCAUCACCGCGUAAAGGUUAUGUCCGACAUAAUAUUCACCGCCUACGCCGUCGACGCAUCGCUUUCGCAAGUCGGAAGACUGUCUGGAGCGUACCCGUUUUCGGCCGUUCUCAACGAGGUCCAGACCCCGGAAAAUAUGUCUGGAGCGUUCCAUAUUCAAUACGCCCGUAUGUCAUUGGCUAUUCCUACGGUCUAGGCGAUAUCUUGUCGAGGACGACGUCUAUUGGCUUUCCCGGCUGUCGUACAGACGCUCGCUUCGUUAUAAAGCACCGUGCACCACAUCCGCCCACAAUAGGUCAAUCAUGACGGACACUCUGAAACUCGACUCGCUGAAUAUUUCAGUCCCGACAGCCCAGGACGAUGUCCUGCAGACACCACAUGCUGAAAAGGAGGAGGCCAAGUGCCCAGCUACCGGCGCCGUUGCUUCUGACAAGGCGACGUGUCCAGUCACCGGCGCCUCUCUCCAUGAAGAUCCUACAGCACAGGAAAUUGACCCAGAACUCUUACGGACUUCGAUAGACGUACGGAUGGCCUACCUGAAGGAUUUCCUUGGUUUCGGAAAACCCCAGCAGGAUAUACUCAAUAAGACUAGCCCGUUGAUAUACGGUAGUAUCCCUCAGAUCGUGGAUGGGCUCUAUUCAAAGCUGUUCGAGUUUGAUGUCACGAAACAGAUCUUCAUGGAACGGAAUGAGGGCUUUGACGGGCCGCUACCAGCGAAGCUAGAAGACCUCACCCUAGACAGCCCACAGCUCGUGUAUCGAAAGAUUUUCAUGAAAGCCUGGGCCCGACGAAUAAUCACCGCCGACUACUCCUCGCCAAAGACUUGGGCAUAUCUCGAUAAAGUCGGCAUUAUGCACACCGGUGUCAAGAGUUUCAAGCACAGGGCACAUGCGGCCCCCCUCAUUGUACCUUAUAGAGACUGUGCUCUGGCUCUUGGCUGGGUCUGCGAUGUCCUGCAGACCGCUAUCCUACAAUUACCCGACGAUAAGUUGUCAAUGCAGGAAAAGAUCGAUGCUAUCAGUGCAAUCACCAAGGUGAUAUGGAUUCAGAAUGACCUCUUUGCACGACACUAUAUCAAUGAAUGAACACUUCUCUGCACAUUUGUUGUAGCCAUACUUCGUAAUGCUAAUUGUACACUAAAUAAUAUAUCCAGUCUCAAGAUCCCCUCCUCCACUCCCUUCCCAAAUCACUACUGAUGCACGAGGUGAAAGAAGAUAGUAAGUAGCAUGACAAUGACGUUUAGAAUCUAUCAAUACAAAAUGAUGCACAUGCACGAUGAAGGAAGGGUAUACGACGUACUGUACAACAAUAUUUUAGC